GGUAAAGCCGCGGCCUUAAAUUCUCAGGAAUCAGUUAACGAUCUUUACCUAUAAAUGAUUUUAACUAUAUACCACACUCAACAUGACUACACUAAAAGUACUGGAUCUGAACGUAUGGGGCAUCCAUUAUCUGGCCAAGCGGAUCAGAGAGAGGCUGGGGUUCAUUGCUGAGGAAAUCAAACAGUAUGACAUUGUUGGCCUACAGGAGGUAUGGAGCAGACAAGAUUACGCUUUUCUUGUGGAAAAAUUGCACCUUUGCUUCCCGUAUUCUCAUCACACGCACAGAGGAAUCAUUGGCAGUGGACUGUGUGUGUUCUCUCGCUACCCCAUCGUCACUGUGUGUGCUCACAGGUUCACUAUCAAUGGCAGUCUGCCAGAGAUUAAAGACGGAGAGAUCUUUACGGGGAAGAGCAUCUUGUUGUGUCGUAUUCACACCUCAGCCGGUGACAUUGCCUUCUACAAUACACACACUAACCCCAAAAAUCGCGAUUCUCAACUGCUUGAGGUCUACCAAUUUGUGGAGGCCACUCGUGGACCCUUGCCUGUUAUCCUAGUGGGUGACUUCAACACAAAGCCCACACACCUGGCCUACUCUAUCCUCACUAAAUGCCUCAGGCUACAGGACGUGUUCCAGGAUGACCCAGUGGACACUUGCGAUCUGAAGUCUAAUAUUUUCACCGAGUCUCACAUGACCCCAAAGAGGAUUGAUUUCGUUCUCUUCUCCCCUUGUGCAGCACUAGAGCUUAAGGACCAUCGUCUGGCACUGUCUGGUCCGAUUCCAGGAAAGCCAUUCCCAUUCUCAGAUCAUGAGGGAGUGGAGGCCGUGUUCCUGCUCAAAGACAAACCAGUGAUUCCACUCAGCCCCAAACUGUCAGAUGAAGCCAUUCAGGUAUUCAACGAGAUAUCUGAGAGGUUGGAAGCAAAGAAAAAGAAAUUGUUGACGAACACUUUCCGUGUUUUGUCAUCAUUUGCCAUCACCUUUAUCCUCUGCCUGCUAGUCAUCUUCACUGCUUGUAACCACACCCUCUUUUUGACGCUGGCAUCCGUCAACCUCCACUGGCUGACCACUUCCUGUGUGGGUGUGGUCUGUGCAGGGGGUGUGGUCUAUGUGGUGCAUCGGUUCUACACUAUACGAAUACUCAACUAUCUCGAGGCUAACCUCUGUGAACUCAGGACACUGUUUGAAAAUCAGAACUAUCUGAGAAGGUCAUAAACUAUUUAUUAGUUGCUGAUAAAUUUGCAGGUUUCCAUUAUUACCAUAAUAAUUAUAAUUAUCAUA